AAACCUCCUAACACUGCUCAAUCCCUCACCAGGGUCCACUCAGGCGACCGUCCCUUCAAAUGCAUACCAUGCGGCCGCUCGUUCAACACGGGCUCGAACCUGCGCGCGCACAGAGCGGUCCACAGCAAGGUGUCGCCGCACUACUGCGUCGAGUGCCACACCUACUACAAGACAUCUAAGAGUCUGAUACGACAUCUGAAUGAAUCUUCCCGGCAUGCGGUGAAGAAUAUGGAUUCAUUCCCCUGCCCGAAUUGUCCGAAACAGUUUUCGACUGAGAAAUCUAUGAAGUAUCACGUAAUAUCGAAACACGGCGUGGAGUACCGCUGCACGUAUUGUCAAAAGCAAUUCGCUACGAAAUCGAACAUGACUAAACAUGUCAAGUUAUUCCACACUCUACGCAACGAAUUGAAAAAGAAAAUGGAGGCGAAUAAGAAGAAGAACAAGUCAGUUAAGAAUCAUUGAAUUUAUUUCUAUUAAAAGAGGUUUUAAUCGAAAAUUCCUUACGGAUAUAAUAAGAAAUAUAUUCAUGGGUUCAAAUGAACGGAUAGCCGAGUGGUUUAGGUCACCACGCCAAACACGACGUUCUAGUUAGAUCCCCGCGUCGGACAAGCAUUUGUGUGAUCCACGAAUGCUUGUCCUGAGUCUGGGUGUCUUUGUGCAUGUGACUUGAAUGUUUGUGUAACCCCCCGCGAUACAUGGAUUAAUAUUUCUUAAUACGGGAGUGGUCUUACUUCGGGAACGUCGUAAAAAAAUGGCUACUGAGUUGCCGUUGAGAGCUCUUUAUGAAGGUCAAAUUACUAUGGUCAGUGUCCAGAUUCGCCCUUCAACGCGUCCUAGGUUCUCUUCCAGCUCAACAUAGAAAAUAGUGCAAAAAUUCUGAAGAGAGUUCUAUGUCCCUGGUGAGGGAUAACAGGAUUUCAUCAUCACCAUCAUCAUCAUCACCACCAUUAUCAUCAUCAUGAUCAUCAAGUUCUCUUCCUGUGGCAACAAGCUCCCUAAUAGUAGUCUGGAGUGGGAAAACUCUUUUGAUCUCACUUUUGCAUGUGAUUUGAAUGUUUGUGAAACCCCCGCGAUACAAGUAUGAAAUUCCUUACCGCGGGUAUCGGUUUCGAAAUGUAUUAUAGAUAUAAGUAAAAGUUAUUAAUAAAUUGACUUCUAGUAUUUCAUAUUCUAAAAUUAGAUGAAACUGCCAAAUAUUUAACGCAGGGUUUAAAAACUAUUUAACUAAUUAUAUUACUAAUUAUGUCUGCUAAAGUAUAUAUAAAUUUAGCCCUCGACGGUAAUAAUUUUGCAAUUAAUACGAAUAUUGUGUAAGACUUUUUUCUUGCCUCAAACCUGCGACUACCUAAUGAAACAGUCGCUUUAUAAAUUAAGUUGUAGAGGCCACUAACACAAGUGUUCAAAUUAAAAUGCAGGGAAUAAGUACUGUCAAAUUCUUUAGCAAUAAUAUACUCUUAAAAUAAUUCAACCUAUACAACUUCUAUAUAAUAAUAUCAUAUAAUUCAAUUAUUAAACAAUUUUAACCAACAAUUAGGAGUUGAUAUGCAUGUAAUUCAUCUGUGUAUCUUACAUUUAACAUUUCGUGUGUGUUUUAAGCGAUAUCUACGCAAUUAAUGAACUGAUUUUGAUAAAAUUAAUUAAGACAUUUUUUCCAAUG